AUAUCAGAAAUUUGUGUGCAAAAUAUCAAACACAUCCGACCACACUUAAAUAUGAUGAUGCAACAGUAUCAGCCUCUCUUCUCACUCACACUCCUACUCAUCUUCAUUUCCCACUCCACCAAAACCCUAGCCCAAGGCCCUGCUGCUGCCCCAGCAAUAACCCCCCCUGCGGCCGUUCCGGUACCACCAGCAAGCGCCCCGUCACUCACCAGCCCGGUGGUCGUUCCGGCACCACCAGCCGACGCCCCAGCGCCAACAGGACCAACCAACAUCACCAAAAUCCUUGAAAAGGCAGGAGGCUUCAACAUCUUAAUCCGCCUCCUAAAAAGCACCCAAAUCGACAAACAGCUCUACAGCCAGCUCAACAACACCAACAGUGAAUUGACACUUUUAGCCCCGUCCGACGGCGCCUUCUCAAACCUCGGAUCCCUGAACUCCCUCAGCGAUGAACAAAAAACCCAGCUCUUGCAAUUCCAUCUAAUCCCAGAUUUCAUCACUACUCAAAAGUUCCAAACUAUAAGCAAUCCGGUGAGAACCCAAGCCGGAGACGGUUUGGAGUACCCGCUAAACAUCACCACAUCAGGCAAUGCAGUGAACAUUUCAACUGGCCUUGUCAACACUUCAAUCUCAGGCACUGUCUAUUCUGAUGGUCAGCUGGCUAUUUACCAAGUUGACAGUGUGCUCCAACCUUACGGUGUUUUUGCUCCCAAGCCUCCCCCGCCAACACCGGCACCAGCACCAGCUCUUGCGGAAGAGAAGCCUAAGAAGAAGCCAUCUCAUCAAGUCCCUGUUGCUGAAGUGAAGUCUGGUGCUGUGCCUACACUGAAUAUGCCCAAGAUUAAUGGCAUUGUCUCUAUUGGAGUUACAUUAUUAGCUGCUGCAGCUAUGAACUUUUUGUGACGGAAUUAUUACAUUGGUGCCCAUUGGAGUUGAAUUUGUUUUAUACAAGGCGACUCAUCGAUUCGGAUUGAAUAUGAAGGGUAACGAUGGACACGUAAGGUGAGUGGUUUGGAAUAAUGUUGUGUCCGGUAGACUCAUUACCAUUGUUAUGCAUGCCAGUUUGUGAUCAUAUAUGAGAGCAAUACUGUGUAAAUAAUGAAUCUUAUGGGGUUCUUGUACGUAAUUUGCAUGUUCUUUUGUACUCUAUUUGUUGAUAAUGACCUAUUAUUACAAAUAUUUACAUUUUUCAAUAAA